GUAUCAUAAAAGGCCAUUUGAAUACCCUAAACUAAAUCCUCUAAAUUAUACUCUCAUAUACUGAUUCACACACCCAAGAUUUUACAAAACUCCAAAUAAACUCUUCCUUCACUGUUGUGGCUUUCCCCUUUCUUAUAAGGCAACCCAGACCCUUCACUUUUUCCCCCCUUUGAAAACUAUAUUUAUUGGUAUAUGGUUUCAGACCCCCCUUAGUAGGAGCUGGACACAAAAAACCUUGGGAACUAAAACCAAAUACCCUCCCUCUCUCUUUCUCUCUGAAAAAAUUACAGCUUUUCUGCUGAGACACCUUCCAGCUGCAACCAAAAACAAUAUUCUUCUCUCUGUUUUUUUUUUUUACUCUCUUUUCUUCCUUUCAUGGAAGAGACAGAGGACUCUAAUGGUAACAAGAAAUGCAAAGACAAAGCAAGAAGCUUGAACGGUAGAAGAACCAGCCCUCAAAAGCAUCAUCAAUAUCAGUAUCAGUACCAGUACCAGUACCAGUAUCAACAACAGCUUCUGCAGUACUCAAAUCAGUUUGGUAUCUGUAACCAAAACCAAUACAAUAGUCAUAGAUACUACCCAGCUCUUCUCCCUCUACCACCUCCAAUACCGAUACCUUUGCAACUGGCUUUAACUCCACCACUCCCUUUGAACCAUCAUGGCUUCAGAUCAAAAACCCGCCUGCAGAAACCUUCAUGCAAGCAGAAAAACAACCCUCAUUUUGCUGCUUCUUCGGACACCCAGGUCUCCAAUGUCGUAAUUUCACCAGAGGAGUUCCAAAAGCAAAGUAAUUUGCCUCUUAAACGAGAAGAUGUAAGGAAGUCCACAGGUGGAAGACCAGGUCAAGCCCUGGUAGCAGCAAGGAGACCAGAUUCUGGUGGUGUAGAAGGGCCAGUUAUAUCCCUUUUAGCGAACCAUUUUCUAGUCCAAUUUGACUCCUCUCAAAGGAUUUUCCAUUACAAUGUUGAAAUAUCUCCUUAUCCGUCCAAGGAAAUCGCCAGAAUGAUUAAACAGAAACUGGUAGAGGACAACACUGCUGUUCUAUCUGGUGCUAUUCCUGCCUAUGAUGGCCGUAAGAAUCUUUACAGCCCAGUUGAAUUCCAAAAUGAUAAGCUUGAACUCUAUAUAAGCCUUCCAAUACCCACAAACAAACUAAGCCUUCCAUAUGGAGAACUCAAUGGAUUUCAAGAGAACCAUCAACAGCUUAAACUAUUUCGGGUAAACAUCAAACUUGUGUCCAAGCUUGAUGGGAAGGAGCUGAGUAAUUACUUGAACAAGGAAGGAGAUGAUUGGAUUCCUCUUCCUCAGGACUAUCUCCAUGCCUUGGAUGUUGUAUUGAGAGAGAGUCCCAUUGAGAAGUGCAUACCUGUGGGGAGAUCACUCUAUUCCAGAUCAAUGGGAGGAACUCAAGAAAUUGGAGGAGGAGCUGUUGGGUUAAGAGGGUUCUUUCAGAGCCUUCGACCAACUCAGCAAGGGCUAGCUCUUAAUGUGGAUUUCUCAGUGACUGCUUUCCAUGAAAGCAUUGGAGUAAUCUCGUACUUGCAGAAGCGCCUCGAGUUUCUUCGAGACCUUCCUCAAAGGAAGACAAGGGGUUUGAUUGGUCAGGAAAGGAAGGAAGUGGAGAGAGCAUUGAAAAACAUCAGGAUUUUUGUUUGCCACAGGGAAACUGUUCAAAGGUACCGUGUCUAUGGCUUAACUGAGGAAGCCACUGAGAAUUUGUGGUUUGCAGAUAGGGAUGGAAAAAUCCUAAGGCUGAUCAGUUAUUUCAAGGAUCACUAUAACUAUGAGAUACAAUACAGGAAUUUGCCAUGCUUGCAGAUUAGUAGGAGCAAACCAUGCUAUCUUCCAAUGGAGCUAUGCAUGAUAUGUGAAGGCCAAAAAUUUCUUGGAAAGCUCUCAGAUGAUCAGACUGCAAGAAUACUUAAGAUGGGUUGCCAACGGCCUAAAGAGCGAAAAGCUAUUAUUGAUGGUGUUAUGCAAGGGCCUGUUGGGCCAACAAGUGGCAUCCGAGGAAGAGAAUUCAAACUCCACUUCUCCAGAGAGAUGACACGAUUAAAUGGAAGAGUUCUUCAACCUCCAAAGCUAAAACUUGGUGAUGGAGGGCAGGUAAGAGACUUGAUUCCCUCUCGACGCGAUCGACAAUGGAACCUUCUGGACAGCCAUGUAUUUGAAGGGACUCAAAUUGAAAGGUGGGCGUUGAUAAGUUUUGGCGGAAACGCUGAACAGAAAUCAAGCAUUCCAACCUUCAUAAACCAGCUAUCUCAGAGGUGUGAACAGUUGGGCAUAUUUCUUAACAAAAACACAAUCAUUAGCCCCCAGUUUGAACCAACACAAGUCCUUAAUAAUGUUUCCCUUUUGGAAUCCAAACUCAAAAGAAUCCAAAGAGUUGCAUCAAACAAUCUCCAGCUGCUUAUAUGUGUAAUGGAAAGAAGACACAAAGGGUAUGCAGAUUUGAAGCGAAUAGCAGAGACUAGCGUUGGGGUUGUAAGUCAGUGCUGCUUGUACCAGAAUCUCACUAAGCCAAAUUCACAGUUCUUGGCUAAUUUGGCUCUUAAAAUCAAUGCCAAAAUUGGUGGUUGCACGACUGCUCUAUACAAUUCAUUGUCAUCUCAGAUCCCACGUCUGCUUCAAUCUGAUGAGCCAGUGAUCUUCAUGGGUGCGGAUGUUACUCAUCCUCAUCCACUCGACGAUGUCAGCCCAUCUGUUGCUGCUGUUGUUGGGAGCAUGAAUUGGCCAGCAGCAAACAAGUAUGUUUCAAGAAUGAGGUCCCAAAAACACAGACAAGAAAUCAUUGAAGAUCUUGGUGCCAUGGUAGGAGAAUUGCUUGAUGAUUUCCACCAGGCAGUUGGCAAACUCCCCACGAGAAUCAUUUUCUUCAGAGACGGAGUAAGCGAAACCCAAUUCUACAAAGUGCUUCAAGAAGAGUUGCAGGCCAUUAAAGCAGCUUGUUCUUCUAGAUAUCCUGACUCUAAACCUCCCAUAACUUUUGCAGUAGUCCAAAAAAGGCACCAUACUAGAUUAUUUCCCUUCAAACCAGACCCUUCUUUUGUACAGAACCAAUUUUCUGAUGAAAAUAUUCCCCCAGGGACUGUGGUGGACACAGUGAUCACUCAUCCAAGGGAAUUUGAUUUCUAUCUUUGCAGCCAUUGGGGUAUGAAAGGAACAAGCCGACCAACACAUUAUCAUAUUUUGUGGGAUGAAAGCCAAUUCACAUCGGAUGAACUACAGAAACUGGUGUACAAUCUUUGUUAUACGUAUGUAAGGUGUACAAAACCAGUCUCUUUGGUUCCCCCAGUUUAUUAUGCUCACUUGGCUGCAUAUAGAGGUAGGCUUUACUUGGAGCGAUCAGACUCCAGAAGUAGUAUUUCCACACUUUCUCGAGCUGCUUCUCCAAAGACGAUGCCAUUGCCAAAACUUAGUGAGAAUAUCAAGAAGCUCAUGUUUUACUGCUGAAAUAUUACCUGCUGCCAAUCCAAAUUCCAAUCUCCUUUGCUUAUCAAAAAAAUUGUUUCUCAUUGUUGAACUGUGUACAAACACCAGAGAAUGCCAUGUAGGUUUAGUUCACUCCAGUAUAACAAAAUUAACCCAACUAUGCCUAAGUUAGGACUGAUCACUUGGGAUUGAUUAACUGGCAACCUAAUCAAUUCUCAUGCAACUACUGUAAUCUUCUAAUAUUUAUUUAAUAGGAGAAUUAAAUUGUUACA